AUGUCGCCUUACCGAGUCGCCUUGCGCCAAACUCCUCUGAUCUGCCGGUCUUUCCAACCGAAAUCGACGACCACCACACGGCAAUGGCCAAGAUAUGCUAGCUCAUCAAGAGGAGGUGAUGCGAAGAGUGGAGGUGCUGGCAGAUUCAUAGCUGGUGUGCUGGUGGCCUUGGUGGCCGGCGGAGCAGUGGUGGCCUACCCAACUUUGACCAAGGAGUCGCCGAAACUACCACAAGCCGUCGUUGAAUACGAGAAACCGCGACAAUUACCCGAGUCAAAGGAACACAACCGAGAUUUGAUCAGUAGUCAACAUCUACAAGUCAAGCAGAGCUGGGAGAACCCGGGGCUCUAUGCUUGGGGGUCCAACUCAGGUCGGGUGGCUGCUCCAGACUCAACAGAGAGGGUCGUCAAAACGCCCCGCAGGAUACCAUAUUUUGAUGAUCAGUUACUGCGAGACGUAAAGCUCGAUCGGGAAUUCGGAGCUGCUGUUACCGAGAAGGGUGAUCUGGUACAAUGGGGCACAGCCUUUUCCAAGACGAACCCAACACCAGUAACGACACUGAAGGGCAAGGAUCUGAUCAGGAUCGAGGUGUCGCGCGACCGUAUCAUUGCUCUUGGCAAGAAUGGAUCGGUAUACUCUCUGCCAGUGGCUGGGUCAGAUCAAUCAUCUGGAAACAAGACCGAACAGUCGUCGUGGUUUUCCUUCUGGUCGAAUCCCAAUGCCGUUAGCUACCGACAGUUGAAGCCGAACAAUCUUGGAUGGGGCGAGACUGUAACUGAUAUUUCCAGUGGCUUGGAGCAUGUUCUUCUGCUUACGUCCCAAGGACGGGUCUUCUCUGCGGCUUCCAGCACGUCUGACUUCCCAUCCAAGGGUCAAUUGGGCGUGCCCGGUUUGACCUGGGCCACUCGGCCUCAAGGUCCAUUCGACCAGCCUCAUGAGAUCCUGCCUCUCAAGGGGUUCAAGAUCUCCAAGAUUGCUGCCGGCGAUUUCCAUUCGUUGGCUUUGGAACAAGAUGGCCGCGUUUUUGUGUUUGGCGACAACACCUCAGGUCAGCUGGGGUUUGAGGCCGAGAAAGAAAUCCCGUUUGUUGACGGGCCCAUUCCGCUCCCGUUCAGCAAGCUCUACCGUGGCUCAAAACAGCAUCCUCGCGUAACGGCGAUUGCCGCUGGUGGUGCGAAUUCGUACUUUGCUAUCGACGCCACCCGAGUCGCCGGCCCAGAGGAGGACUCUGCUCGCGACGUUGGACGGGUCACGGCUGACGUAUGGUCCUGCGGCUCCGGCAUAUGGGGCAGUCUCGGUAAUGGCAGGUGGACCCACGUGUCCUUGGGUCCCUCCAAGAUCAAGCCGCUUUCUGGUCUUUAUGAGUUUGACGAAACAUCAAACUUUGUGGUGCCGAUCCGCCUGGCCCGUCUCAGCGCCGGUAGCACCCAUGCUGCUGCUGUGAUGAGCAAUGUGACGUACGUCGAUGCGUCGGACAACAGUUCCCACAACGAUACCAAUUGGGGUGCUGAUGUCGUAUGGUGGGGAGGAAACGAGUACUACCAGCUCGGCACAGGGAGGCGAAACAACGUGCCUACGCCGACCUACAUCGGGCCUUUGGACGGUGGACAGGGCGAUGCUGAGAAAGGGCGAAAGGGUGAGCAGCACCGAUUCCAGAUCACGCCCAGGACAACAGUCCGGUUAGGUGAGGGUGGCAAGGGCAGAAAGGUCAGCGUAGAGCAACGGGUAGAGUGCGGACGCUUUGUUACGGCAGUAUACUCGGGGACUUGA